AAUCAGGUGUGAUAGAUUAGGGUUGGAGUGAACACCUACAGGACGGUAGCUCUAUAGGAACAGGGUUGGAGAGCCCUGGUAAAGGACGUAUAAUAAGACGUUCAAGAACUCAACUCAGUUUUGACCUUACAAACAUGUCUGAAUGUUUUGUCUGUUACGUAAGACGUUGUGCAACGUCGACGCACGCACCGGGUAACAGUCAAAUUUAGCGGGAGAUAUCUAUGCUAUGCUCUUUUGAAAGAACAAACUCCUCUCCACAAGUAAACGUGCAUUUCAACAAAAUCGCAUUUUUGUCACGAAUAAAAGGCCAAUAAAGGCAGCCAUGUUCUCCGAGGUAAGCGCCCCUCAGGAGGGUUCCUGUUCUCUUCUGUUGUGUCGUCCUGGCUCCGAGGACCAGGAGCCCUCUGUGUUUGACAGGGUCAAGCCGGCAUACUCACCCUGCUCUGAGCGUUUCAAGCUGGGGGAGCGCAGCUUCAACCGCCAGUAUGCGCACAUUUACGCCACACGACUCAUGCAGAUGAGCCCCCUGCUCACGGAGAGGGCCCAGCAGAAAUGGGGUGCAGAUGUACGGAUCAGGAAGUUGUGUGAUCUGCAGAUGGGUGAGCAGUGUUGCAUUGUGGGAACCCUGUUCAAGCACAUGGAACUGCAGCCGUCCAUUCUGAAGGAAAUCAGUGAGGAACACAAUCUGCUGCCCCAGCCUCCGCGCACCAGGUACAUCAGCGAAUCAGAUGAGUUGAUACUGGAGGACGAGCUGCAGAGGAUCAAACUAGAGGGCAAUAUUGACGUGGACAAGUUUGUCACAGGUAGUGUUAUUGCUAUUUAUGGUGCAGAAAAGAAUGAUGGGAAAUUCACAGUGGAUGAUUUCUGUACUGCUGACCUCCCCCCGCAGGCCCCCAGAACCACCCUCAGCUCAGACAGGUUUGUGCUGCUGUUGUCAGGUUUGGGUCUGGGCGGUAGUCAUGCAGACAGUAUGCUGGCUUUACAGCUGCUUGUUGACAUGGUAACGGGUCACCUAGGUGACCAGGGGGAGCAGAGUGGUGCAUCGACAAUCUCCAGGGUCCUACUGGCUGGGAACCUUCUGAGCCAAAGCACACAGGACAAGGACGCAUCCACCAAGGCUAAAUACUUGACUAAGAAAACCCAGGCAGGCACUGUGGAUGCCAUGCGUCUGCUGGAUGAGAUGCUGAUGCAGCUUGUGUCGUCAGUUCCAGUGGAUGUGAUGCCGGGCCAGUAUGAUCCUACUAACUAUACCCUGCCCCAGCAGCCCCUACACCACUGUAUGUUCCCCCUCUCCUCCACCUACCCCACCCUGCAGCUGGCCUCCAACCCACACCAGGCCACCCUGGACGGGGUGAGGAUCCUGGGGACGUCAGGGCAGAAUGUGAAAGACAUCCAGAAGUACAGCAGCAUGGACAGUCACCUGGAGAUACUGGAGAAUACACUGAGGCUUAGACACCUCGCCCCUACUGCACCUGACACACUGGGGUGUUAUCCGUUCUACCUGAAGGACCCUUUCAUCCUGGAGGAAUGUCCUCAUGUCUACUUCAGUGGCAACGCCCCCUCCUACCAGGCCAAACGCAUCACAGGUGCUGAAGGUCAGGAAGUCCUCCUGGUGGCUAUCCCAGAGUUCAGCAGCACUCAGACAGCCUGCCUGGUCAACCUCCGGACUCUGGAGUGUGAGCCAAUCCGCUUCUCUUCCUUCUCUGCUGGUGAUGACGAGGAGAGUGAGAUGAACAUCAGCCACUGAAGGAGCAACACUCACUCAGUCCUCAGCCCCUUGCCCUGGUCCUCAAAUGGAAUCAGGUUGUACACUAUCAAAAUGUUUGUAAAGUGUCUGCUGAAGUCUCUCAUUGGUUUCUCUUGAUCAGCAAAGAUAUCAGUCAUUUCAUAUAUAUAUGGAGGUUCAAUGAUGCUGUGCAGUCAUACCAGUACUGUUUGAGUGAAAGGAAACGUGUUGCUAAUGAAAGGUGUGUGGUGUGAAAAUAAUUGUGAUGGAACGGACUGUCUAAUGAAGCGCUUUGUUUGUGUGCCGGCGCCCAGACUCCUGUAUUUGUCAACACAUAUCGUUUCCAUUUUAGUACGGUAGAUAAUGUCAUGAAGAAGAACAAAACACAAAUGCUGUACGUAAAUGAGCCUUUAUUCAUUGAAAAAAUAACUUUCCUCAGCUAUGUUAUGAGGAACAUUUCAGAAAAUCUCUCGUUCUCUCAACCUUCAACUAACAUUUUGUAAAGUUAACAUUUUAAUGUCUGUCGGUAUUAUGGUUUUGCUGUCAUGGGUGAAAAUAAUGUAAAUAAAUCCAUACUUUUCUAAGAAA